UGCUGGAGGCCAUACACGUGCUGAAAAACCAGCUUUCUUCUGUGGAGGGUACACAGCCAUAUCCUUGAUUUCCUGGAUCUGGUAACAUGGCAAAAGAUGCCGGUCUAAUUGAAGCCAAUGGAGAACUCAAGGUCUUCAUAGACCAGAACCUGAGUCCUGGGAAAGGUGUGGUGUCCCUGGUGGCCGUCCACCCAUCCACAGUGAACACACUCGGGAAGCAACUCCUGCCCAAAACCUUCGGACAGUCUAAUGUCAACAUCACACAACAAGUGGUGAUUGGCACGCCCCAGCGGCCAGCAGCAGCCAGCACGAUCGUGGUUGGGAGCCCACAUACCCCGAGCACACACUUCGUGUCCCAGAGCCAGCCCUCCGAGUCCUCACCGUGGUCUGCUGGAAAGCGGAACAGGAAGGGCGAGAAGCACGGCAAGGGCCUGCGGCACUUCUCCAUGAAGGUGUGCGAGAAGGUGCAGCGCAAAGGCACCACCUCCUAUAACGAGGUGGCUGACGAGCUGGUGGCAGAGUUCAGUGCUGCCGACAACCACAUCCUGCCCAACGAGUCUGCUUACGAUCAGAAGAACAUACGGCGGCGAGUGUACGAUGCCUUAAAUGUGCUGAUGGCCAUGAACAUCAUCUCCAAGGAGAAGAAGGAGAUCAAGUGGAUUGGCCUGCCCACGAACUCGGCUCAGGAAUGCCAGAACCUCGAGGUGGAGAGGCAGCGGCGGCUGGAGCGCAUCAAGCAGAAGCAGGCCCAGCUCCAGGAGCUUAUCCUGCAGCAAAUCGCCUUCAAGAACUUGGUGCAGAGGAACCGGCAGGUGGAACAGCAGGCCCGUCGGCCACCACCACCCAACUCCGUGAUCCACUUGCCCUUCAUCAUUGUCAACACCAGCAGGAAGACUGUCAUUGACUGCAGCAUCUCCAAUGACAAAUUCGAGUACCUGUUCAACUUCGACAACACUUUUGAGAUCCACGAUGACAUUGAGGUGCUGAAGCGGAUGGGCAUGGCCUGUGGUCUGGAGUCUGGCAGCUGCUCUGCCGAGGACCUCAAGGUGGCACGGAGCCUGGUGCCCAAAGCUCUGGAGCCGUAUGUGACAGAAAUGGCUCAGGGGUCCAUCGGCAGCGUGUUCCUCACAACUGCAGGCUCUGCGUCCAACGGCACAAGGCUGUCUGCCAGCGACCUGAGCAACGGCGCGGAGGGGACUCUGGCCACCAGUUCCAAUGGCUCCCAGUACAGCGGCUCGCGGGUGGAGACGCCCGUGUCCUGUGUGGGCGAGGAUGAGGACGAGGAGGACGACUUCAACGAGAACGAGGAGGAGGACUGACACCGCCUCCAGCGUCGGGGAUGAGCGUCUAGCAAAGAGAAACUGUUUUAAACCGGGUUUUUCUUUCCUCUUGGCCUUCCCCCGAGAAGGCCCGGUGAGCUGGGUUUCGACGCGCACCUCCAAUAAGCAAGGACUGUUCUGCGCGGUGUGCAGGCUUGCGUGCCUGCGCGCGUGCGUGUUUGGUGCCUGUGUGCGGGCCCAAGCCUCUAUUUACCUUUUGUUUUCUGUUUUUCCUUUAGUUCACAGUUGGUUUUUGCCUCUCAGCAGUGCUUGCUGGGUUGCUGAACACAUUGUACUUCACCCAUGCCAGUGACAAUAAAGAAGCGCUGUCAUGUCCUGCGGGCCCAGCCGCAGCACCCCAUUUGCCGUGUGCGGAGUGGCGCCCCCCGCUGGCAGACAGCGGGACUGCAGGACGUGUCUUCCCUCCGUUAAACACGCGAGGGCCAAAGAGCCAAGCAGUUAACAAAACUACAUUUAAAAUAUUGAGCACCAUAAAUUUUAUUAUGAUUUUGCUUUUCCUUAAAUUAUGUUAAUGUUGCAAACCCAUCAUAUCUGCACACUUUUUCUGGUGCACCAACUAAUUGAGACAUGCUUUCUUUUUGUUUGGUAGUUUACUGCCGUGCUGGAGCAGCUAUGGAAUGUGUGGAAGGGUUGUUGCUUAUGAUAAAAUUUGCCUGAUUUCUUACAGGCCGCGUUUGGAAACUUUUUAUUAUAUAGUUGUUUACAUACUUAUAAGUCUAUCAUUUAAAGACAUGUACUGAAACAAAUGUUGUAUUUGUUUCCUAAGCAAUCUUCAUGUAAUCUAUUAUAAAGUUGAAAUUAAACAUAGAGAAUGUUUUAACAGUUUUUUAACUCAAAAUUUGUCAAUCAUUUUUAAUAGUUCUUUUUUUAUAAAAAGAAAGGAAUUUAAGGACAGGCAGUAGUCUCUUUUAAAAUUUAUUCACAAUGAACCAUUAACUGCACAUUGCUGUUAGCUGCCUGUUCUGAAACAAUGGUCUUUUUAUUGAAACACAAAUAAACUUUUCUGUAAUAUUUUAUGGAAUACAAAGAGACUUUAAUUGUUUGACUUUAACUUGGCACUGUUAGUUUUUAUUAAUAAAACGCGCAUGGGCAUUUUAAACAAACUCUGUCUUUCUUUAAUUCAGUAUUAUCAUCUUGCAAUUAUUCUUGCCUCUAGUCUAGUUUUACCCUGUGGUGAAGAAGCUGCUGCCCAAGGACAGGGUUGCCAGGUGUACCCUUCCUUUGGAGCGGGGCCCAGGCUGCAUCCCCUGGUCCCCUGAAGUUGCCUGGAGGGCACAGGGCUGAGAAAGGGUGGCCAGGUGAGUAGGGCAGUGGGCAUCUUUCCCUCAGGGUGCUUCUCUUGCGGGAGCUUUGACUCUCCUCAACCCUAAAAGUUGGGGCAGAUUUUGCAGGUUUCUCUUUCAGAAAAAAAUAAGAUGGAUAGAAGAUCGUGGGAAAGGCAGCGGGAUGCCAGGCGUCGCCCCGCCCACCAGUAUCACUGGGCAGCAUGCGGCAGGUGACGGUUUGGGAGCUCAAGACCCCAGAGGUCACACAUGCGGGGAGGGGAUAAAAG